AUGAGAUUGACCUUCCUUCUAGACAUGGCGAAACCGAAGCCAAGUAGAUCAGACGCAAAACAAUUGCUAGUACCAGAAUGUUCAGUUUCGGGCCCCCUAGCGCUGGUGCUGCACGUAUCCAGGGUGGUGGGAGUCGCUCCACUCAGAUUCCGCAGAUCAGGUGGCGCCUGGAGAGUGAAGAUGUCGAUGGCAGCCUGCAUAUACACCUUCUUGAUAGCCACAACCAUAAAUUUGGGGGCAUUGAUCUGUUUGUUGUUAGACAAUUCGACGCGAAACCUUUCGCCGAUCAGGCGGUUCACUCGGUUAUGGGACUUCUUGCUGGUGGUGGCGAUAGCCAGCGUCGUGGCGUACGGCGCACCUAGACGGCUCAAAGAGACGAUCUCGUGCUUGGCUAGGAUCGGAAAGAUCAAUGCGUCGACUCUUAAAAAGCCCUCGCGAAAAACUGUUUUAAGUGCAACAUUUAUAAUAUGUUUCAUAAUAUUGGUCGUGCUAUUCACAUUGGAUUACAAGAUAUUCGUAUCUGGCAGCGCAUUUAAAUAUUCAAUAACAACGCCAACUUACUUCUAUUUCACAUACUUCUAUGCUUAUUUGAUGUUGGUGCUGUUCGAAACACAGUACGUGCUAAUCGCCUUCGAGGUUGCCAAUGCGUUCCAAGAGUUAGGCAACUUGUUCGAAGAUACUUCUCGUCUGAUAAACGUUUACUAUGCGUCACAUGAUGAUGUAAUCGCCAGCAUGCCUCUCAAAGUCGUACCAACAAAAUCAGUCAAUCAGAUAGUUGAUUCUAUGGCUCAAAUAAAGUCUACGCCAGUUUUCUCAGUAACACCCACUUUGGAGUCGGUAAGUGAGACCAUCCGCCGUCUCGCUCUAAUGUACGCGGAGGUGUGCAGUGUGGUGAGACAGCUGGAUAGCUGCCACGGUUUAGUGGUUGUGAUGCUGCUGCUGUCAUUUUUACUGCAUCUGGUCGUCUCAGUCUACAAUUUUAUCAUGAGCAGUACGUGCUUAUGAUGA